AUGGGCGGGGCCGGCGUGGACGUGUGGGGCUGCAUCUUUGCGCAGCUGAUGGCCAAGAGGAAGCACUGGGACGUCUGGGGUCUGCUCCCCCAGGAGAGCCUGGUGCGGUGUCUGGAAGGUGGCAGUUUCCAGUACCGACUGAAGGGGCUGUUGAGGCUCCAGUGCCACUGCUGCCUGUGGCCCUGGGCAUCAGCACAUGUGCACAGCCUCUUCCACCUGUGGUGGGAGGGGGACGCCCACCAGGGUCUGGUGAAGAUGCGCAUGGGGGCCAGCAGUGCAGGCUAUGCCCCUGGGUGCCCGCAGAGACUGCCAGGUGAGCCCUCUCAAUGUCUGCAUCUCCCUCAGCAACUGGUCCUGUACGUCCUGUGGAAAUGCUACCGGGACAGCCUCAGCCCCAGCCAGUGCCCCGAGCUCUGCUUUGGGGACCACUGUGAGGCCUGCGAUCUGGGGGUCUGCCUCCUCCAGAAAGCCCCAGACCCCGCCUGGGGGCCCAUGGUCAGGAGCACCGACUCCUUCCAGGGCAGGCAUGCCACAUAUGGUGACGGCUUCACCAGCAGUGCCAUGGGCAGUGACGGCACCGGCUCCAGCAGCAGACAGCUGUUGCCGCUCAGCAGUGGCCCCAUGAACACCCUCUCUGAGAGCAGCGACCUCUCCCACAAGUGUGAUGGCAUCGUCACUAUCCCUUUCUCCCUUGUGGAUGUGGAUGAGGACAAGGGGCCUGUCGCUGAUGGCAACGGCCAUGUCGCCCCUCAGGAGGGCUCCCUUCCAGCUGCUGGCCACAGUGGGCCCCUCAUCAUCCGCAGGGGCUUCCUCCACCUGUCCAGGAAUCCCGUGGCCGUGCCUGAGGGCAGAGGCCUCCCGGUGACCAUCACAGCUCCUGUCUUCCACCGCCCCGGCUUCCUGUUCAAAGGCUCGGGCUCCGUCUCCAGCCCUAUGGGUGUGGCCACAGGCCAGGGCCCCAUCUCCUUUAGCGACAGCUCUGUCACCACUGGAAGUAGCCCACUUGUCAUUAGAGGCCAGGACUCCUUCACUAAUGUCACUGAGGGCAAAGGGACGAGAGAUGCUGGCGGUGGCCCUGCUGCCACUGGUAACGGUGUCCUUCCAGAGCCCAGCGCUGGCGGCCCCACUGCUGGAGGGGAGGGCUGUGUCGCCUUCUCUGAGGACACCACAGACAAGGGCUCCUUUACUGAUGUCACUGAAGGUACAGGGAGGGACGAAGGUGGCUGGGGCCCUGUCACUGCUGGCCACGACUGCCCCCAGGAGACCAGUGCCGAGCCCGUCUCCAUCAGCGAGGGCUCCGUCUCUGUCCCCCUCUCGGUCUUUGACAUCAUUGGGUGCAGAAGCCCCAGCCACAACGCCCACGGCCCCACAGCAGUGGCUUUGUCACACAGUUGCUCCAGGAAGGAGAGGCGGCUGAGGUCCAGGUUCGGCAAGUCCAGCCGUGGGUCCCACAGGGAAGAAGGCGCUCACCCCGGCCACACAUGUCGUGGGCCGCACACUGACCCCUGUGAGGACAUCUGGAUCUGGGUUUCCAUGGCUGUCUGUGUCUUCUGGCUGAUGUGCACGUGCAAACUGAGCCCUGGCGACUUCCAGCAGCAGCCUUGAAGCCUGCCCCAGUGUCCCCGCUGUGCCUCUGCAGCAGGACCGUCCAGGCAGGGCCGCCUCGGGGCGCCCCAACAAGCAAGCCCCAGCACCCCGGCGCCCCGGCCCCU